GAGCAGGCCGCCCGCUGGCGCGGUCACUGCGCGGUGGGUCCGGAGCGGCGGCGGGCAGUUAGCGCGGCCGGGGCGGCGCGGAGGGCCCGGUGUGCGGGAGGGGCCGGGCCCCGUGUGCCGUACCCCCCCCCCCGGGGCAGGGGGGGUGAGCCCGGUCCCGGUGUCCCUCCAUGCUCCUGACCCGCUUCCCUCCCGCAGCCCUGGAGGACGCCCGGUGACGGGGACCCCACGGAGAGCAAUCCCGGUUGGGAAAACGGGAAUGGAGCCCCCGCAGGCGGCGAGUUUCUGCCUCCCCGUGGCUCCUCCGCCAGCACCGGGGCCCGGCGGCUCCAGCAUCUCGCUGUGGACGGUGGUGGCGGCCGUGCAGGCGGCGGAGCGGAGCCUCGACGCCCACGCUUCCCGGCUCCUCAACCUGGAACGCCGGACGAUGACCACCGAGAAAAAAUACUUAGAUUGUGAAAAAACGGUGGUGGAUUUCGGAAACCAGUUGGAAAGCAAACUGGCCAUACUGGGCACCCUCAUCCAGGAGUACGGGCAGCUCCAGCGGCGCCUGGAGAACAUGGAGAACCUCCUGAAGAACGGGAACUUCUGGAUCCUGCGGCUGCCUCCCGGGAGCGAGGUCCCCAAGGCAGCGAGUGGCACGGCCCCGAUGGAAAGCGACGCCGCUUACUUUUCCGCGCAAGAGCGGGAGAACCUGGCGGAAUGGCAGAGGGAGCUGUACAGAAACGUGCUGAGAGAGAAGAGCGACUCCCUCGUCUCUCUGGAUUACGCCAUCUCCAAACCUGAGCUCCUGUCUCGGCUUCAGAGAGGAGAAGCGCCCUGCAGCAGGGAUCAGGCGGCCUCCAGAGAGGUUCCAGCAGAACCAAGCACAGCGGAGUUUCUGCUGUUUAGACUUGACGCGAACAGCCAGGACGGCAGGGGAGGAGCGCAGUGCCUGAUGGGACAGGAGAGCCUGGAGGGAAGAGUGAUGCCGGCUGCGCCUGGACCCGAGUACGGCAUGCCAGAGCCGAGCUUUGCGGGCGCUGUGAAGCAGGAGGAAGAGCUGUGUGCGGAGGAGCGGGGACCCUCGGAGGACGCCGAGUUCACCGAGCUCAGAGCGGUUCCAGCAGAUGAGGUGAUAAUGUUCAAAAUAGAGCAUCCGGACUCUGAGGAAUGCCCCCAAAGCUCAAAGCCCCCCGCCACUUUAUCCAGGGAGUCAGAGGAGCUGGUUUUCCAGGGUCCAGGCGAGGCGCUGCCCUUCGAUAGUCAGUACGGCUCUCCUGUGCAGCAGGGAAACCAGAGCGUGAGCAGGCUGGUGCCAUCCCCGCCGGGGGAAGAGGGUCUUGGCGAAAGCAAUGUUGACAUGUUCUAUGGGCAAAACAGUCCCAACAAGAGACCUCACUCGUGUACUGCGUGCAGGAAGGGCUUCUGCCUGAAGAAGGUGCUGACGACUCACCAGGAGGACCACGGCACACAGCACAGCAUUGAGCACGUCGUGGACGAGGAGGGCUUCCUCCAUCAGCAGCGCCAGUGGACCCACAUGGAAGAGAGGACCCUCGUGGCCAUGGGGAGUUUCAAGCAGAACCAGAAUGCGAAAGCCCACACCAGCGUCCCGGCCACGGAGAAGGCACACAGCGAUCCCAGGUGCAUGAAAAGCGUCAACGCCAACAGCAGCUGCAAGUCAAGUCAGAGGGAGCACCCGUGGGAGAGGCCUUACAAGUGUGACAAGUGUCAGGAGUACUUCUCCCAAAAGAAAACCCUCAUCAUCCACCAGCGUAUGCACUCAGGCCGGAGCAGAGGGGUCCUGUGGUGCUCCUACUGUGGGAAGACCUUCAGCCACCCCUCCAAUCUGAUCCGGCAUCAGCGGAUCCACACGGGGGAGAGGCCAUACCAAUGCAACGAGUGCCUGAAGCGCUUCACCCAGAAGCAGCAUCUCCUCCAGCAUGAGAAGAUCCACCUGCGCGAGAAGAACUGCGCGGUGAUGCAGAGUGCGAGGAAGGCACCGGUGCACAGCUCCAUCGGGGUGAGCCUGUGUGAACCCGCCCUGAACCAGCGCUGUGGGAGCUGGCACAGAGCCACGCGUGCCGAAGCGUCUUCAACCGCUGCAGGUGCGCAUUUGCCUGGUGACCAACCGCCGGCCGCCUUUUCUCGUCCUAGUGCUGCUGAGGUCUUUGAUUUCACCGCUCCCGACGUGCCCCAGGAGCUCUGUGUGUGGACCCCCGAUCCCCCCCGGCUCCGAGGACCGCCGCUCCCCGCCCCCCCCCGGCCCGCGCGGCCGCCCCGAGCCCUCCCGCGGGGGGGCGCCGCCGUGCGCGGCGCGGGGCGGCGGCAGGGGGCGGUGCGGGGCCGGCCGCGGAGCGGGGCGGCGGGGCCGGCGGCGGCGGCGGCGGCGGGCCGGGAUCGGCGGCGGGCGGGCCGGCGGCGGCGGGCCAUGGCCGGUGCGCGGGUCGGGCGAGCGGAGGCGGUGGCGGCGCGGCUGCUCCGCCUGGAGGCCCGCCUGUCGCGGGCGGAGCGGCAGCUGCGGGCCGCGCUGGCUCUGCGCGGCCGCCUCCAGGCGCUGGAGCGGAGGCUGGAGAGCGGCGGCGGGGCCCCGCGGCCGGCGGCGAGGCGCGGGGCGGCCGGCGGGCGGGAGGCGGCGGGGCGGCGGGCCCCGGCGGUGCCGGUGAACCUGGACGACGUGUGGGUGCACUUCAGCGAGCGGGAGUGGCGGGCGCUGCGGGGCUGGCAGCGGGCCCUGCACCGCGCCGUCAUGAGGAGCAACUACCGCAUGCUGCUCUCCCUCGGUAAGGGCCCGGCGUCGCCUUCCACCUCGAGGCGAGCGUGUGGCGACGGCGGGCGCGAGGCCGGGGGCGAGCGGGCGGCGGGUCCCCGUCGUCCCCCCGCAAAGCCGGACGCGGCCGCGCCUCACCUCGCGCCUCCCGCAGAGCCGGACGCUCCCGGGCGCGACGCCCAGGCCCGGGUGGAAGACGUGAACCAGCCGUUUGCUCGGAGCUGCGAGGACGGGGACUGGAGAGGUGAUCCCGCGGAGACCGGCACCGAAGACAGCAUAAUCCAUAUUAAGCAAGAGGAAGAGUUGUGUGCUGCAGAUCAGCAGGAGAGGGAGGCUGGAGAAGCUCCUGAAGAACCCUGCCUGGAGCAAGUGUUUUAUGAGCCUGAGGCUUCAAGUCAGACCGAGAAAGGCAAGGAGGCGUACGCCAGGGAGCUGCCAGGCGCAGAGGGCGAGGACCUCCCAGGGGACCCUGACGCAGGAUUUCAGACUUACGCAACCGACGUUUUAUCAUGGAUUAAACAAGAGGAGGAGCCACACUGCCCUGAGCGACAACACUUGGAGAAAGAAGAAAUCUCUACAAAUCCAAGUACGGUGCAUGACGAAAACACCAAGAGGGACCCUCUGGCAGAUUGCUUUGAAAGCACGGUGUGUGACUCGGAGGUAGCAGGAAGAGCUGGAGAGAAGUUUUCCACGGCUCCUAGCCCCGGAGUGACAUGGGACAAUCAGUGGAAUUCAGAAAUGAUGGAAACAAACACCACUGGGAACGGCCUCGGGGGUGACACUCGCUAUGACCGAGGGUUUGCUGAGCACUUAGAUUUCUUUAGCCCUCAGGAAAAUGGUGCUGGGAAGAGACUGUGCACGUACAGCAAAUGUGAGAGAAAUUCCGGCCAGCAGGAACGUCCUCCAACUCCCCAGGGAGCCCGAGAAGGGGAGGUGUUUCCAGGCCCCACCUGUGAGAAGAGUCUCAGCGAAAGGGCAUUGCAUCUGCUGCCCUCGCAGCCCUGUGCUCCGGGUGAAAAAGGCACGGGGCAGGGGGCUGCCCCUGCCUCCUGCGAGGGGCUGCCGCUGGUGGCCUGCGCUGAGCGUGGACAAAAUCCUGCGGGUGGAACCAGGCUUGGAGACCACGACGGCCUGGGCGGAGAAGAGCAGCCACCCGCUGCGGAAAGCGAGGAGAAUUUCCCAGUAGAAAUCCCGCUGGCCAGCCCGUGCUGGGAUCACCCGCAGGAGAGGUCGGAGGCCUGUGCCAGGUGCCGGCAGCACUCGGCGCCCAGGGGCAGCCCCGCAAGCCAGCCGCAGAGCCAGGGCAGGGGCAAGUCCUACAUUUGCAGUGACUGUGGGAAAAGCUUUGUUUGCCAUUCGUGGCUCGUUAGACACCAGAUGACUCACACGGGAGAGAGGCCCUACAAGUGCUCCGAGUGUGACAAAAGCUACAGGAGAAAGGAUUACCUUCUCAACCACCAGCGCCGGCACUCAGGAGAGGGGCUCUUCCAGUGCCCCCUCUGCAGGAAACGGUUUGUGCUCAGGAGGAGUUUCAUGAAACAUCAGGAAAGUCACGUGCAAGAAACACACCUGACGUUGGCGGGUUGGCCCUGCACAGAGAUCAGGGGGUCUGUAAUGCACUCUGUAUAGAAAACCCCAUCCAGCCGGGGGUUUCACAGCCUGCCGAGGCAGGGCCGUGGGAGGAUCCCCCGGGCUCUGUGCUGGACCCCGGCUGGACCAGGAGGCUGUCGACCAGCCAUUCUGAGCCCCCUCCCAGGCAAAGGGAGAAGGUUGGGGGGUUGUUUUCGGCAGCCGGUGUUGCAGUGGUCUGCGGAGCUGCUUCGUGGCUUUCACCCAGUGCCUGUAGCUGUCGGGGAGCCACGUAGGAAGCCUGCGAUGCUCAGAGUUGCUGCUAGCUGCGAAUCCACACGGGAGAGUCGUCGCAUCGAUGCACAGAACCAUUUGUAACGCUUCAGGCUGGAGAAUAUCUGAAAAGUUACCCCUAGGCUUGCCAAAAGCCUGGAGACUGGGGACUAAGCUGAAAACCCGUGAGUUAAAGUUACUAAUUGUCCACUAAACAAGUGAAAUGGAGUCGGAAAAUGCCCGCUUGUGUGAAACACUUUAAGAAAGGAAGUGUUCACCCUGUGGCUGGUUGAAAGAAGGUUCUUCAGGAAGUGGCAGCCAGCCAGCAGGGAGUGGAGCCUGAGAGGCAGCUCGUUCCCACAGUUAAAUCACGGGGCUCCUUGCUGCUGCGCCCUGAGAAAGGGCUCCUGACUCUGGCGUCCUCGCCUGGAGCUGUAAAACGUCCAGGAAUACGAUUUUAAUUUUGCGUAGCCUUAAAGUUUUGUUGCACUUGUUUUACCACGUUGUUCCAGUUCUGUUUGUUUGGUUUCCCAAAUCCUCUGAAAAUGGACCGUAUAGAAGGUCCUUAAACAUUCCACUUCAGAAACUAUUUUUUCUCGGUGUUUCUUACGCGCUGUUGGGAGUUUGAGAUGUUGUGACAUUGCAAAGGAUUGAUUCCUUUUAGUAAUAAAAGACUGGAUACAUCAUCCGUCA